UCUAGCUAUAAAAUAGCUAGGCUGGCAACAGUGAACGCUACAGCAAAGCGGACCGACCGGCAAUUGUGAUUUAAUUGUUGAUAUUUUAAGUUGAAAAAAUAAGACAAAAUGGGACCAUCAGAGUUUAAAUUGAAUAACCCACCUGAGGACCUCAUAUCUGCAGUGAAAUUCGGAUCCAAAUCAAAUCAGUAUCUGGCAGCUUCAUCAUGGGACGGCACGCUUCGGUUUUACGAUGUGGCGGCAAACUCAAUGCGCCAAAAAUUUGUACAAGAUGCCCCCAUCUUGGAUUGUGCCUUUAUGGAUAUUGUGCAUGUGGUAAGCGGUGGUCUGGACAAUCAACUGCGUCUAUACGAUGUGAACACACAGGCAGAGACUGUGGUGGGCGCCCACGAUGAGCCCAUUCGUUGUGUGGAACAUGCCGAGUACGUGAAUGGCAUACUGACUGGCAGCUGGGACAAGAAUGUCAAGUUGUGGGACAUGCGGGAGAAGCGCUGCGUGGGAUGCUUCGAACAGAACAACGGCAAGGUUUACUCCAUGUCUGUAAUUGACGAGAAGAUUGUGGUGGCGACCUCUGACCGCAAGGUUCUCAUUUGGGAUUUACGAAAAACCGAUAGCUAUAUCAUGAAGCGAGAAUCAUCGCUGAAGUAUCAAACCCGCUGUAUUCGUCUGUUCCCCAAUAAGGAGGGCUAUGUCAUGUCAUCCAUUGAGGGUCGUGUGGCCGUCGAGUACCUCGAUCAUGAUCCCGAGGUGCAGCGUCGGAAAUUUGCAUUUAAAUGCCACCGCAACAGGGAUCACAAUAUUGAGCAAAUUUAUCCGGUUAAUGCUGUUAGCUUCCACAACAUUUAUCACACAUUUGCCACCGGCGGAUCAGAUUGUAUUGUUAACAUUUGGGAUGGCUUCAACAAGAAACGUCUGUGCCAGUUCCACGAAUAUGACACAUCUAUAUCAUCACUCAACUUUAGUUCCGAUGGCAGUGCCCUUGCCAUCGGCUGCUCCUACUUGGAUCAAGUGACAGAGCCACCAGCUUCAGUUCCAAAUCCUGCUAUUUACAUACGUUACCCAACAGACCAGGAAACAAAGCAGAAAUAAACUAACAGUUUUAUAGCUACUAUCCAUAAGUUAACGGAUAUAAUAAAUAAUAACUAAUGAUAUACGA